UGGUUCUUGCAAAACAAGCAAUAAUUGUCUGCUUUGAAUCGACUACACAAUAGCUUGUUUGUUACCUGGAGCCACGACCGUGGAACCAUCAGGCACUCACUCGUUUGCAGGUGAUUCCUUCUGCUUCAAGAAAGAAAUGUUGUCACCUUGUUCAUGAGGGGAUUAUGUAAGCACUGCAGUUUUCAUGACAGAGUGUUUGCACAGAAAGUGUCUUCAUGAAGUCAUGAGCUUAAAUGCGCAUCAACGAGGGUUCAGUCUGGUAGCGAUUUCCUUACAGCCUACAGUAGACCUCCAUUAGUACGACUUCUGAAAGAACCAUGGCGGCAAGCGGUUCCAUCGCUAUCAAAGUAGAACCCGAGGAUACUAGUUCUUCUAUCUUUCCGGGAAACCACGAUGGUCUAGAGGAAUUCAUCACAGAUGACUAUCCAUCAAACACAUUGUUUCAAAGUGAAUCCACCCUUGUCAAGGAAGAAGCUCAAGACACCAUGGUUUCUCCUCUAAGGGGAAACCAAGCUAAUGGAGAUGAAUUUAUCAAUGACGACAAUCAAGGUCACAGUGGUAGCAACACUGCAAGAGACAGCACCCAGAAAAGAAGGAAAAUGCUGUGUCCAAAUACGAACCCAAGGAAACCAUGUUAUUCCCGUCGAAAGUCCAGCAAAGCGCAUUGCCGACUGCUCCGGAAGAAACGACGACUCAAGGCUCAUGCGACAAUUGGUGACAGCCAAGCUGACACUCUGCAGCUGUCUGAUGGUGCCUUGGAGGAAUCACUGUUCACACGUGACCUAUCCAUGGCCAGAGAUUGCACGGAAGUAGAGGGAUCGGAGCACCGCCCUUUAGAGACACCGCCAGGAGCCACUACUGUCAGAAGUGCUGUUACAUACAUUAAGGAAGAACCUCACGAUGCAAGGCAUUUUCCUUCGCAUGGAACCAGUGGAAAUGCAGAAGUUGUUGCAGAAACAGUGAUGGUGCCAAGUGAUUUCUUUUGUGUCAAGGAAGAACCCUCUUCCCCUCUGCCAGGAAAUGAUGAAGACAUAGACGAACUUCUUAUGAGUGACCAAACAGUAAUAAACACUCAAACAUUCUGUGGAAGAGCAAGAGCACCCACAAAAUAUAUACCUGGGGAUGGUGCAGACAGCACAGAUAAUGACCUGUCAGACGAUGCAGAUGAAACAGAAAAUCCACACACAUGGGAUACAAAUCACAGCAGUCCUGUAUCAUUGUCUGACACAGAGAGUGAAGACAACCCAUUUCCAGCAUUGUCAAACCUUAAGAAGAAAAAGAAGCCUGCCCAAUCGAAGUGGGUUAAAAGAGCACUGCAAGUGGACCCUGACAGCAUAAAAUUUUGCGGAGAUCUCAAGCUCCCUGCUGAAAUACUAGAGCUUCAAACCCCUUUGGAGUUCUUCAAGUUUUUCAUGACCAAUGAGAUAAUAUGCCAUGUGACUAGAGAAUCAAAUUUAUACUCUGUACAGAAUCGCCCAAACAAGCCAACCAUGAUAUCUGAAGAUGAGGUAGAGCAGUUCUUUGGCACUGCCCUGUUCAUGUCUGUAGUGCAGUUGCCAUCGAGAAGGCUGUACUGGAGCACAAGUUUACGGCAGCCUAGCAUAGCGGAGGCACUCUCCUGCAACCGAUGGGAGGAGAUAAAACGUUUCCUCCAUUUCAACAACAAUUCGACUUUUGUGGCAAGUGGCUUACCCGGACAUGACAAGCUGCACAAAAUACGACCACUCUUGACAAUGCUCAAUGACAGGUUGCACCUUGUGCCGAAAGAGGAACACCUAGCAGUUGGUGAACAGAUAAUCCCAGCAAGAACACGAUCCACCCUAAAGCAAUACAAUCCGAAGAAACCUUGCAAGUGGGGCUAUAAGGCAUUUGUGCUCUGUGGAGUAUCUGGAUUUUGUUACGAAAUAGAGAUUUUUGCUGGUGCACAAACCAAUGCAGUUCCCUCCGGAUUCCCUAACCUUGGACUGAGCAGCAAUGUUGUAACGCGCUUGUGCAGAACGGUGCCCAAUCAUAGGAACUACAAAUUGUUUUUUAACAAUUGCUUCAACAGCUUACCCCUUCAAAUUUACCUAACAAAGGCUGGUCUGCCUCCCUUGGGAACUGUGGCGAUAGAUCGUGUUCCUGGAUGCACAAUGCCAAAGCAGUCGGACAUGAAAAAGUUUGGCCGAGGAGCCAUGACAGAAAAAACGACUGUGGUUGACGGUGUAGAAGUCUCUGUCGUAACCUGGUAUGACAACAGAGUCGUCAGAACAAUGUCUACGUACAUCGGAGCCAAACCCGUCUGUGAGGCUGAGAGGUACGACAGAAAAGGGAAACAAAAGUUGAAGAUUCCCUGUCCGCAGUCAGUGAAAAUCUAUAAUAUGUACAUGGGAGGCUUGGACCUGCUGGACUCAACCCUGGGAUACUGCCGGAUAAAUAUUAAGUCGAAGAAGUGGUAUCACAAGAUCGCCUUUCACAUCUUGGACCUGGCUGCCGUCAAUGCGUGGUUGCUGUAUAGACGAGCCACAGGGCACCAAAUGGCACUCAUCGAUUUCAAGCUCAGUGUUGCUGAAGGGCUUUGCAAAGUGGGAAAAAGAAUGCAAAAAAGAAAGCGCGGCUGUCCCAGCAAUGAGGUGGAAAGCCAGCUAGAAGAAAAGAAGAGGAGGGGACGGGCAGCUCCUGUCCCACAACAGGAUGUGCGCCUUGAUGGUGUGUGCCACUUUCCAGUUUUCCUGAACAAGAGGCAACGCUGCAAGCAUCCCCAGUGCACAGGAAAGUCAUUAGUUUUGUGUGAAAAGUGUCAAGUAGCACUUUGUUUGAACAAAGAACGCAACUGCUUUGUGCAGUUCCACUACCGCUGAGCCUUGCUUUCACCCUUGAAUGAUGUGUCACAGGCAGCCAAGGUAUGCCUCUGAAACAGUGUGAGUGCUUCAACUUCCCUACAACCACCAGCUUCAACUUUUCACUACAGUUCAUGUUUGCACCUACAAGCACAGCAAUCUGCACUUUGCUUCGUUUCGCACCUGUUCAUGUUUUGCCUUUCUAAGCGUCAGUCUUAUUUGGGAGUGCCUUGUAAAACAAUCCAAUUUCAUCAUUGUUGAAAUUGGCUCGUGGCUUGUAGGUUUGCAGAAUUUCUUGAAGUCGACUAUGUUGCCAGUUUGUGCAAAGGUCUGUCUUUUUUUUAUUGGGUGUUAGCGCCGCGAAGCAACUGUGGCUAUGAGCGACGUACAGAUGUGGACAGACGGAGAGAGGAUAGCAGGAAGGAGCGGGGGACAGCGGGGUUAGUAUGCGUCCUGGACCGACUUCAGGUGGAACUGUGCCGACAUUCGUCUGGAAAGUCUUCGGAAAACCCAGGGAAAACCUCAGACAGCACAGCCGGCUGUAGGAUUCGAACCCACCAGCUCCCAGUCUUCAGCACGACCUUGGUUACCACCAACGUGUGGACGCCUUAGCCCACUCGGCCAUGCCGCUGGUGCAAAGAUCUCUGCUGACAGCAGCCUCUCUGGAAAUUGUUUUGAAAACAAGGCCAUGCUGGUUUUUGAAGCGGCUCAGCCAACUGUCACUCGCACGAAAGUUGUCUUGUGUUCCAUCUGCAAUGUCCUGGUCAUCUCCUCCAAAAUGGAUCCACUGACUGGAAAGGUGUGUUUGCAGGCACACUUAAACCACAGAAAAUGCACUUUCUCCAUCUCUUCAUGUAGCACUGAGUGCAUGCGCGUUCGGUUGCCAGCAAAAUUCCCAGCGUUGACUGCUCCCUGUAUCUUCUCCAUUUCUUUCAGGAUUCUUCAGUGUGUCGAUAUGAGGAUGCUGGACUUCUUCGCUACUUCUGUUUUUGUCAUCCCUCCCCGAUUAUGAGUCUCAAUAAUUGUCAACUUUGUUGAAAACGAAAGCGCUUGUUGACACUGCUUCUUAACAGACUCCAUGACACACGUUAAAAAGUAGGCUUAUGAUGCUAGUCGAACUGAACUGAAUGAGGCAAUGUAACACUACGAUGGCCUUGGUAUGACUGAUUGAUAGAUUGAUUGCACUCGCUUCGACUGUUCUGUCACUGCUGUGAGACCAGCAGCGGCUGUUUCCGACGUUUGUUGGUGUGAACGUUUUCAGCCUGCCCAUUUAACCUCAAACAGGUUGUUCCAAUUUCCCGAAGAUUUUUAUCAUUGCACAUAUCCAAGCAAAGUUGCCCUUUUUGUUUCAUUUAUUCAUGAUUUCAUGAAUAUUGUUUUUGUGGUAACAUAGGUUCAUCUACAAAAGCUACAUCAGCAUGCGGGAAAUACCUAUAGGGGGAUGAUUUUUUUAACAGCGUUUUCUGUGGUACAUAUUGCAUGGCAUACUUCAAGAGUGCACUGAACUUCAUUACAGUGGCAGGAACACCCGUGGCCCGAAUCUCGCCUUCUUCGUGUCAUGCCUGUCAUUGGUCGUCACGUGAAGAAGGCGUGACGACCAAUGACAGGCGAGACAAAAAGUAAUCGAAGUCGACUACUUUGAUGAGAAUAGGGCCCUAUCUAAGGUUUUUACAACACUUCGUUUGGUCCACCACUACAUGGUUGAGGUAUACUAAGUCAUUCACAUGAAUUAUACCAUGUUCAUUACUCAUAUUCAUCUCGUUAUGCCCUUUACCAUGUGUACUUUGUGGUCCUGGUUGGAAUUGUGAUCACACUGUCCCAGCCUUUUCCUGAUUUGUGGGAGGUUUUCAUUCUACACUGUUUACAGCUUGAGCUUGGACGCAGAGUUAGAAAGUACAUAUGGGAUAUCACGGUGGGGGGUUCACAAAAAAUUUAUGGUGCCGUCUGGUGUAAUAAUGAGUUUUCUUUUCUGUCCUGUGAUCUUCGACAUUAGGAGUCAUCGGUGACAUUUGUGAACUGAUCACUACUGUGGCGCAGUUUCCAUAUAUUCUCUCAUGUGAUACCUGUACCUCAUUAGGGUGGGUUCACACGAGGGACGCAUCCCCGGGAUAGGUCUGCGGAUGGUGUAAACGUCACAGCCUACGUCAUCAAAACGUGCCUCUUCUCCGGUCCGCGUGGGACCGAAAUCCUGUCGCGUACCAUUCGCCUCCGCCCCACAAAUGGUCCCCGUGUUGGCGGGGGACUUGAGGACGGACCAGCGUUUUUCUUAUUUGUUUCGUCUUCUUUCGCCCUGCUGUGACCACUGGAGCAGAGGCGAUAAAAAGAAUCACAUCGUAAAAAACGGGAACUUGGUGUGUAGGGGCAAUUAGGAAGCAAGGAAAAACAGGGAAAACGAUUGUUCCGCUGGGUGGACAAGUGGAGCUGCGAAAAUAUUAUACACACUCGGGACUGCACGUCAGUCAACAUUUUCUGCAUGCAUUUCUGGCUUUGUUCUGUAAAUAAAGUGCAGUGUGUGUUCAAACUUGA